AUGAAUCGUUUCGUGUUCCUUUUGUGCGCUUCGGUGGUCGUCGCCGACAUCCAGAUCACGGUCAUCAACAAGUGCAAAGAGACCGUCUGGCCUGGCGUUUAUGGACAGCCAACGAUUCCCGAGAACGGUGGCUUCGAAUUGGCGGCAGGAGCUCAAAAGGUAUUGACUGUGCCAGUCGGAUGGACUGCUGGACGUAUCUGGCCAAGAACUGGCUGCAACGGAACUGGCGAGAACUUCCAAUGUCAGACUGGUGCUUGUGGUACUAGUCUGCAAUGUAACGGAAAGACUGGCGCCACUCCAUGCACUUUGGCUGAAUUGACCUUGGCCAAAACUACUAGCGACCAGGAUUUGUAGGUUUUUUGGUUUUUUUUUAUUUUUAUAUGCAAAUUUGGCAAAUAGGUUAAGUGUUCGCUUUUUAAGUGAUUUAUUGUGAUUUAGAAAGGCUUACAGUCUGGUACUAAACAUUUUUUUAGCUAUGAUAUCUCCUUCGUCGAUGGCUCCAACAUCCCAGUCAGCAUGAAGCCAGUCGGUGACUUCACCAAGACCGGAACCACCCAAUACAGCUGUGGCGAGGCCGGCGAGUGCUCCAAGGACCUGAAGACUGUUGUCCCAGCCAACUUGCAAUACAAGGUUGACGGCAAGGUUGUAGGUACCCUCUCCGCCUGCUCAGCUACCAAUGAACCCCAAUACUGCUGCUCUGGUGCCUUCAACACUCCUCAAACCUGUAACGCCACCACCAGCUUCCCAGCUGACUACUACACCGAUCUGAAGAAGAUCUGCCCAACUGUCUACAUGUACGCUUACGACGACCCAACUUCGACCUUCACCUGCAAAGGAAAGGCCCCAACCACCUCCCCCAACUACGAGAUUUACUUCUGUACCGAAAGCGGAAUUGGCCUUCCAUAA